AUGUCAAAGCCCAGAGUCGCUAUUAUCAUCUAUUCUUUGUAUCACCACAUCUCCACUUUAGCUGAAUCCGCCAAGGUUGGGGUGGAAUCAGCAGGCGCCAAAGCUGAUUUAUUUCAAGUUAAAGAAACCUUAUCUCCCGAGAUUUUGAAGUUGGUUCAUGCUAAACCAAAAUUGGACUUACCUAUUGCUGACAAUAGUACCUUGACUGAGUACGACGCUUUUUUGUUGGGAGUUCCAACAAGGUACGGCAACAUGCCAGCUCAAUGGAAGCUGUUUUGGGAUGGUACAGGCUCAUUGUGGGCAUCAGCCGCAUUGAGAGGUAAGCAUGCUGGAGUAUUUGUGAGUACUGGAACACCUGGAGGAGGACAGGAAACGACCGUGAUCAACACAUUGAGCACUUUAGCUCAUCACGGAAUCAUAUAUGUUCCAUUUGGCUAUGGAUUCAAGGGCCAAACAAGUUUGGACGAGGUGCAUGGUGGUUCCCCAUGGGGUGCUGGUACAUUUGCAGGUGGUGAUGGUCUGAGACAAGUCACCCAAUUGGAAAAAGACUUUGCCAAGCAACAAGGGCACGAUUUUGUAGAGAUGAUCAGCAAGUGGAAGCAGUGA